GUGUGUCAUAUCGGGGAAGAAAUGUUUUAGUCUAGUUUCAGUGCUGUUGCGAAAUAAAGAAAUUAAGAGUGGAUUAGAAAAAUACAGUUUAAUGCUUCGUAGUUUGACUAUACUUAAUCGUAAUUUUUGCUAUAAGAGGUGCCUACUUCUCAUGAAAUAUUUAAAGCGCGUUCGUAUAGAAAAUUCAAUUGUAAACUAAUAGGAAAAGUGAAAAUGAAAGAUGGGAGUCCGAUUAGGUGAAAUGAUUCUGAUAGCGUUUAUUAUUGGAAUUCCAUUGGUCGCUGCACAAGAUUUGCAAUUGGAGCGAUGUGCUUGGAUGACCGCUAUACCGAGAGAGUCUAUGCCUGACAUGCCUGAAUUAGAUUUUGAUGGAGUGCCAUGGAGCCAAAGGCAGUUCCUGCCGGUGGCCACGAGAGAGGACGUGUGCAUGGACCGGUUCAUCUCGACAGCAUCCACGCAGAUCAUUCUGAUGGACGAGGAGAUCGAGGGGGACGUUGCGAUUGCUAAACUCAACUAUAAAGGUACUGCAGCACCUAGCAUCGAUCGGAUGCUGUCCGGCUCGUUCAGCAUGCUAGGACCGGUCCUUCGGAACGAGAAUGACGAAUGGUUUCUGUACAUCACCCAGAAACAGGACUACGAGAACCUAAACAUGCAGCGGUACAUGUUGGACGUGAGUGUGCCGGGAGACGCGGUCGUGGGGAGGGUCACCCUGCAGAUAGUCAACAUUGAUGACAACGCGCCGAUCAUACGUUUGCUGGACUCCUGCGUCGUCCCAGAACUAGGCAGCCUAGGCCUCACGAACUGCACAUACGAAGUGAGCGACGCAGACGGAAGGAUCAGCACCAGCAACAUGACGUUCAGCAUCGACAGCGAGCGGGACGACGACGAGAUCUUCUACGUGCAGGGCGACAACAUCCCCAACGACUGGUACAGGAUGACCAUGAGCCUCGGCCUCAACCGCUCCUUGGACUUCACUGCCAAUGUGCUGCACAUUUUCAGAGUCACUGCAUUUGAUUCGCUCCCAAACACCCACACAGUAACAAUGAUGGUGCAAGUGGACAACGUGGAGCACCGGCCGCCGCGCUGGGUGGAGGUGUUCGCCGUGGAGCAGUUCGACGAGAAGACGCCCAUGAACUUCAGCGUGCGGGCCAUCGACGCCGACACCGGCAUCAACGGACGCAUCUAUUACACGCUUCGAGCUGCCGACGAGGACAAAGAAUUCUUCGCAAUCGACACAAUAGACGGGGGACGAAACGGCGCCAACUUCCAAGUAGCAGCAAUCGACAGGGACGAGCUGGAACGGGAAAUCUUCCGCGUGACACUGAUAGCCUAUAAAGCUAACAAUGAGAGCAACACAACGCCGCAAGAUGUCGUCAUCAUCAUCAAUGACAUCAACGACCAGGCUCCGCUGCCGAUCCACAAGGAGUACACCAUCAGUAUUCCUGAAGAAACUCCUCAGACAUUGAACUUCGACAAAGAAUUUGGGUUUCAUGAUAGAGAUACAGGUGAGAAUGCUCGGUACAGCGUUCGGAUAGAGAGCGUGCAUCCUCCAGGAGCAGCAGAGGCCUUCCUCAUCCAACCAGGCCAGGGCUACCAGCGACAGACGUUCUUCAUGACCACCGCUAACCACAGCAUGCUGGACUUCGAGGAUGAACUGUUCCGAUACGGGAUUGAGCUCCAGGUAAUCGCCACUGAUUUGGGCAACGCGACCUUGAUCGGAGUAGCCACAGUGCACAUAAACCUGAUCAACUGGAACGAUGAGCUGCCGAUCUUCGAGACCAGUUCUCAGAACAUCACCUUCGAGGAGACAGUUGGGGAAGGUUACCACGUCGCCUCUGUCAGGGCGACUGACCGAGACGUCAAUGAUACUGUAGUUCACACACUUAUGGGCAACGCUCAGCAAUUCUUAAGAAUAAACGAAAGCACUGGAGACAUCUACGUCUCGAUAAAUGACGCUUUCGAUUACCACAGGCAAAAUGAACUGCUGGUUCAGGUCCAAGCACACGACACUCUGGGGAUACCCAGCAGCAUCAAUGGAACGCCCAUCGUCAACACGGAUACAUCUCAGCUUGUCAUACAACUUAUUGACAUCAAUAACACUCCGCCCAGUCUUCGACUGCCCCGAGGUAGUCCACAAGUGGAAGAGAACGUGCCAGAAGGGUACAUAGUGACGCGGGACUCGCUGGUCAUCACAGCGACAGAUCCCGACACCACGGCCGAUCUGAACUUUGAAAUCGUUUGGAACUCCUCCUACGCGACUAAACAGGGCAGGGAAACUGAUCCAACUGAAUAUGUAGGCUGUUUGGACAUAGAGACAUCAUACCCCGACCCUGACAACCGCGGGUCUGCCGUUGGUCGGCUCGUGGUGAAGGAGAUCCGAUACAACGUGACUAUUGACUUCGAGGAGUUCGAAGUCCUAUACGUCACCAUCAAGGUGGUGGAUAAGAACACUGUCAUCGGAACUGAUUAUGAUGAACUAACGUUCACAAUAACCAUCAUAGACAUGAAUGAUAACGCCCCUGAGUGGGUGGAGAACACCCUGAACCAAACGUUGAGGGUCCGUGAGAACUCCGCAUCCAACACCAUCAUCGGGUCCGUCCAAGCUACUGACAUCGACGGCCCUCUUUACAAUCAAGUCCGGUAUACAAUAUUCCCAAGAGAAGAUACACCAAAAGAUUUAGUAAAGAUCGAUUUCGUCACCGGUCAGAUCGAAGUGGACUUGGACAACGCAAUAGACGCCGAUAUCCCGCCGCGGGACAACCUCUAUUACACAGUAAUAGCCAGCGACAAGUGUACAGAAGCAGACCCAGCUGACUGUCCCCCUGAUAAGAAUUACUUUAAUACUGAAGGAAAUAUCACAAUCCAAAUAAUCGAUACAAAUAACAAGAGCCCGAUGGCCCGCACGGACUUGUUCAAUGUUACGGUGUACUUGUAUGAAAAUGCGACCCAAGGUGAUGAAGUGGUGGUGGUUGUGUCGGAGGACUUGGAUCGAGAUGUGAUCUACCACACAGUCAGUUACCAAAUUAACUAUGCGGUAAGCUCUCGUCUCCGUAACUUCUUCUCCGUGGAGCUGGAUACGGGAAGAGUCUUCGUUGACUACACCACUGAUGAGGUCCUGGACAGAGACGGAGACGAGCCCAGACAUCGGAUCUUCCUGAACCUCAUUGAUAACUUCUAUUCUGAGGGAGAUGGCAACAGGAAUCAAAACACUACAGAGGUGCUACUAGUGCUGCUGGAUGUUAAUGACAACGCUCCGGAAUUGCCUUCCGCUGACCGCCUCUCCUGGUCCGUCUCCGAGAACUUGAGCAAAGGCAGCAGACUGGACCCCUACAUCUUCGCCCCCGACCGCGACGAGCCAAACACAAACAACUCACGCGUUGGCUACGAAGUCGCCAACCUCACCUUACUCACCGAACGCGACAUCGUCCUUCCCGACCUCUUCACCGCUGUCGACGUAUACACUGACAAUAAGUACAACGUCAGUGGUGAAUUGGAAACACUCGCCGACUUGAAAGGCUUCUGGGGAACUUACAAUAUUGGCAUUCGCGCAUACGACCACGGGGAACCGCAGCAAGAGUCCAGUGAGAUCUAUCAGCUCGUCAUCAGGCCAUACAACUUCCACGCGCCAGUGUUUGUGUUCCCCCAAAACGGUGCUGUCUUGCGAUUUGCCAGGGAGCGAGCCAUGGUCAACGCACGUCUAGGCUUGACCUCUGGCGAAUUUUUGGAUUCAAUUCACGCUACAGAUGAAGAUGGCUUAGAAGCAGGACAGGUUACCUUUGAUGUAUCAGGAGAUGAUGAGGCGUCAGAGUACUUCCAGGUGUUGGCAAGCGCCGAGAACCAAGGGAUUCUGAUGCUCCAAAAAAUGUUUACUGAAGACGUCAAAGAAUUUCAGGUGAGCAUCCGUGCUACCGACGGUGGUACAGAACCCAAAUCCCUAUCUACGGUGGUGACUUUACAAGCCGUGUUCGUGCCCACGCAAGGAGAACCCACCUUUAGCGCCAACACUGCUGAUGUGGGGUUCGUAGAGAAAGAAGCCGGUCUGGAGGAGGAGCACAAGUUGCCUCAUGCCGCGGACCUGAAGAAUUUUCGUUGCGAUGGCGAUUGCCACAGUAUUUACUACAGGAUCAUUGAUGGCAACGACGAAGGCUACUUCAUACUAGACGCAUCAACAAACGUCCUGAAACUAGCCAAAGCGCUGAACCGGAGUGAGAGGGAAACUCAUACACUGAGAGUGGCAGCCAGCAACUCACGCGAUGUCGCCACCGCGCUUCCUGGCUCCGUCCUCACCGUCACUGUUACUGUGAGAGAAGCCAAUCCUCGGCCAAUUUUCGUGCGAAGCUUGUACACCGCUGGGAUAUCGACACUCGACAGUGUCAAUAGAGAACUGCUCACUGUACAGGCAGUACACUCUGAAGGGCUACCGAUCAACUACACACUCGACCUCUCCUCCAUGGUGACAGACGACAGCCUGGCCAACGUGCGCGACUCUGCGUUCCUCCUCAACAACGGGACCGGCGUGCUGACGCUCAACAUGCAGCCCACUGCCAGCAUGCACGGCAUGUUCGAAUUCGACGUCAUUGCGACUGACCCAGAUGGUGGAAACGACACUGCAGCAGUGAAGAUCUAUCUCAUAUCAUCGCAGAACAGAGUCUUCUUUAUGUUCGUAAACGCUUUGACUCAAGUGGAGGCACACACAAACUUUAUCGCCCAGACCUUCAGCGCGGGUUUCAACAUGACGUGCAACAUCGACCAGGUGGUGCCCGCCACGGACACAUCCGGCGCCACGCUGGACGACGUCAUCGAGGUGCGCGCGCAUUUCAUACGCGACAAUGCGCCCGUGUCUACCGAAGUCAUAGAAGAUCUACGCAGUGACACGCAGACCCUUCGCGCGAUCCAGACGACCCUCAACACAGAGCUUCUGGUACUGCGGGACUUCGUGACCGGUUCUAGCCCUGAGAUCAACGCGGACUCGAGCCGCGCCGCCGUGUACGUGCUGGCGGGCCUGUCCGCCGUGCUGGGCUUGCUGUGCCUCGUACUGCUCGCCACCUUUAUCUGUAGGACUAGAGUUUUAAAUCGUCGCCUAGAAGCGCUGUCGAUCCCCAAAUUCGGGUCGCAGGAGUCAGGGCUGAACCGCGUCGGACUGAAGGCACCCGGUACCAACAAACACGCUAAGGAAGGUUCCAACCCCAUCUGGAACGAAGCUAUCAAUGCACCUGAUUUUGAUGCUAUCAGCGAAGCUUCAGAUGACUCCGACCUGAUAGGUAUCGAGGACUUACCGCAGUUCAGCAAAGACUACUUCCCUCCUGAGGGCGGCGACUCCAUAGGUCCAGCAGAGUCAGUCGCUACACACUCCAAUAACUUCGGCUUCAAUUCUGCACCUUUAAGACCAGAGUUUGCAAACAAGCAACCUAGAUUAUAGCCAAUGUAACAACCUUAUAUUAGUAUGAAAAUGUAAAUAUUAAAAUUUGCAAGUGUGAUAUUAAAAUAA